AGAAGCACAUUUUCCCUGUUACCUUUUCUGCAGGGUGGCUCAUCUCCCUCCUAGAAGAGUUUGCUAUCCACCAAGGGAAGGUCAGGAUUCUCCUUCCCUGAAGGGAUAUGGUCCUUCAUAUCCUUCUUAGGAGGCUAAGCCCAGACUCCUGACCUUUGAAAGUGAAUGACAUUUUUAUGACUUCUUCAAAGGUCCAGGGCUCUUAAGGGGGGGAAAUAAUAAUAAUUUCUUUACAGGAUGGACAAAACUCCAUUUCCUCUUAUCCUAUUAUGCUCGACACUGGAGUUCUAAGGACUUUUGGAGGCCCCCAGCUGGAGCCUCGGCCGCCGCCGCGGCACGUUCCGACGCCUCCGCCGGAUGUUCAGGGCCCUCGCCAACCCUUCCCUCCGAGAGCGCUGGCUCCCCGCCAUGCCCCCGGGAUGCCAUCAAAGGCCGCACCACUCCAGCUGCCACCUCCUUCCCGGCUCCCUGGGGGACUCUCUUCAAGUCCCAUCCCCACCUAGGGUCUUGUCCCAGGGCGUUUGGGGCUCCCCCGGGCAGACGGCCCGCCCUUCCCCGGCUUCUCCAAACCAGGGCUCUGCCUGGGGACCACCUCGUGGCCGGCCUGGCCUCAUUGUAGUUAUCCAGGCCUGCCAAGAGCGCCGUGCAAACCUAAGGGCUGUUGUUAACCCCUUCUGGACUGUAAGCCUUGGGAGGGCAGGGGUCUGUCCAAACUUUGUACAGCCCUUUGCCUCAGUUAUGUUAUUCUGUGAUCUGAUUGACUUUCCCCUAAAUAUGGGUACACGGUUUGCCAUUUGGCUGUUUAUACGUUUACUAAUGAUAAUAUAUUGUUUCAUUAGCCACAAGGCGGUGCAGUGGCACGAACUGGGUUCGAGUUAUCUCCUCAGACACUAAGAGUAUGACCCUAAAUCCCUUAACCUCUCUGGCUUAGGCCAUCUUUCUCAUGUAGAUGUCAUAAGAUAUAUUAUUUAUAGUGUAUAAACAUGUAGUUUAUAUAAACAUAAUAAAAUGUAUAUGUUACAUAUAACAUGCAUAACUUAUAUACAAGUGUGUUAUAGGCUAUAUCUGCAUGUGGUGAUAUGUUUUAUGCAUGUAACACAUUUAUAUGUAUUUAUAAUACACAAACAUGCAUUAUUAAAUGUUAUGGGUCUAGCUAGUGUACCCCAUUCUCUGGGGUACAUCAAAGAACCUCCUUAAGAAACUAAACCAAAGGACAGACACACCUAAAGAGAUAAGUGGCACCAGAUCAGGACUGA